AAGCGAGGUCCAUUAUUACAAUUUGGGCCAUGUUAAAUAAAUUAUAACUAGGUUCUAGUGAAAGAGUGUCUUAACAAUGAAACUAUAUAACAAUCCGAUAGCUCUUACGGUACUAUGGAUUUUCGUUUAUGGUAACGAUGUGAAGUGUAUUACGAAUAGUAAAUCUGCCAGUUUGUCUAACAAAGAUGAUCAGAAGUUGAAGGAUCUGAAUACAGACGAAACGAGUUUCUGGAAUCCCCAGCCGGAAUAUUAUCAUGAUCGUUAUAAACACCCGGAUCGGACCGAUUUCGUCACAUCAUUAGGGAGUUCGGAGAAUAAACAUAGUGGCAAUCCGGCAUCUUCGUACAGUUACCACGAGCGAGAAAAAAUCAGUCCAUUCAGUUCUGGGGGUGGCAGUGCAUACUAUACUUCUGGAGGUAUUUUCGACCGGAAACAAGUUUACGGAUCACCCCAACCCGUUGAUCAUACCACGUACAUUCAAGAGUAUGACAACCACUAUGAACACUAUCCACAUGAUCAUGGGUACAGCUUAGGGCAUUCUUACGGUGGAAAGAGCUAUGGGAAUUCAGUUCUCUUUCCGCUGGCAGGAGCAGCCCUCCUUGGAAUUGCAGCAGUACUCGUAGCUAAUCCUGUACUCCUGCACCUGGGAGCAGUUGCAGGUAAACGAAAGCGACGCGAUAUACCAUCCAGUGCACAUAACCUAGCAUAUAUAGCACAUUUUAAAAAAUCGUUAGCUUCGAAAUGAGUUAUAAGAAGUGCAAAAUAAUUGAAGUGAAGACAUACACUCGACAAAAAAAAUAGGAACAGAAUGCGAAGUCGUAAAUUUUAAGUGAUUUUUGACAUGCUGUAAUUUCGUGAAAAAUUAACGCAUAUAGAAUAGAAUAUUAGAAUAUUUUACGUAAAUAUUUUUAUCAUGGGGUGUGUAGGUGUAGUGGGCAACAAUAUCGGAAAGAAAUAAAAAAUCGAUUUUUCUUUUUUUUUCAAGAAAUUUACGACUUCGCAUUCUGUUCCUUUUUUUUUUGUCGAGUGAGUAUCGGAACAUGGCUACCUCUCUGUAAAAAAAGACAAAUCACAUUUGAUUUGUUAUAU